AUGCCGGUCAUCUCACGUCUAUUUUCGGUUGUUCUCCGCAUUGCAGAGCUUGCCUUCGCGGCAGUUGUUGCCGGAAUAAUUGGCCACUACCUCCACUUGCAAGCCAAUGGUGAUGGUGACCCUUGGAAAGGCCGCGAGAUCUACACCGAAGUCAUAGCUGCUCUAUCCCUACUGCUGGGUUUACUCUGGCUGAUUCCAACUGCACAUACAUUUUUUAUAUGGCCACUUGAUGUCGUCAUAUCCCUCUGCUGGUUUGCAGCCUUUGGUCUCCUGGUCGACGCCGUAGACGAUUCUUCGUGCGGUUCUGUGUUCGACUGGGGUGGGCUCUUUCACGACAAUUUCUGCUCCAGAUGGAAAGCUGCCGAGGCAUUCAGCUUCUUGUCGGCCAUUAUUUGGCUCGUUUCCGGUGUCCUCGGAAUAUACUUUGUCUGGCGUGUUGACCGGUCUCGUAGCGGCUAUGUAUACGGACGCUACAACGUCUGA